AUGAUGCAUGAUCUAAAAUCACUUCAGUUAGAUGAUGAAGAUUCAUCAAAAUAUUUUAUUAAUUAUAUAAGUGAUGAUUCAAAUGCACCUGGAGAUAAUAAUACCACUGACAAUGAAUCUACUCAUUCACCAAUUGAACAUGAUGAUGAUACUGAUGUAUCAUCAUUACCAAAUAGUCUUAUUAUAACUCCAGUACCUCAAGAAUUAUUUACUAAUCAACAACUUAAAGAUGAAUUUGAACAAUUAUUUCGUGUAUAUGAUCCACAAAUAAUCGUACUUUAUUUAAAAUUUUUUCAACGUAUACGUAUUACAUUUACAUCAUCAUGUAAUGCUUUACAAGCUCGUUUGAAUCUUCAUGAAUAUCCAUUUCAUGGUACAGUACUUAAAACAUAUUUUGCCUGUCCGAUUGUAUUUCGUGGUGCAAAUCCUGAUACAUAUUUACGACCACCUGAGCCAGAAAAACUUUUUCUUAUAUCACCACCAGCAAGUCCACCUAUUGGAUGGGAACAAAAACUCGAAGAUCCACCUGUUGUUGAUUUGAAUCUCAUUGCUGCUAUUGCACAAUUGCAACCUAAUCAACCUCAUGAAUUAUUAUCAAAUGAACAUGGUUCAAAAGCUCCAGCCAUUGUCAUUCAUACAUGUGAUGAUAAUGAUGAAAUAUAUAAUGUAAACCGAGACAAAUUAAUAAUGAAACCAUCACUUAUUCAAACUAAACGACCACCGGCAGAAACACAAAAAGAUAUUUAA